AUGAAGCCCUCCGACUUCAUGACCAAAGCGCUUGGCCUUCGUCCAAUACACGAAGCCGUCCUCGAGGGCGACCUCAAAAAGGUCAAGAAAAUUAUCCAUCAAGACAAGAAGAAUGUAGUAAACAAUCAGACAACCAGAGACAAAGUCACCCCUUUACACCUAGCAGUACUCACCGGUUCCCUCACGACAGUUAAGUUACUCUUGCUCUCCAAGGCCUCCUUCAGUAUCUGUGAUAAGAAGGGGUACACCACCCUACAGUAUGCGCGCUCCGGCGCCUUAAGGGCAAAAAAAUUACAACAGUACGAGCGACUUGGGUGGCAGCCGGCGAAACGAAGGGCGCCCAUAUUCCGCGAACCCGAAGCUCUACGAUCCAUACUUUCGACUAAUGACCACCCUCUCUCCGGCUCGACGAUCCUCACAGAUGGGAGAAGACUGACGAUACUACGUAAAGUCGUCACUACAAACCUGGCAUUUCCGGUUCAGAAUUCUACAUGCGGCUUCAUCGCUUCAUACGCAUCGACCCUCCCACAGAUGAUGGCCGUAAGCGGCUGGAAAGAUGAAAGGGAGGAGUCAUCGAUGCAAGGGGUCCUUCCCAACGCCAAAAUGACAGCUCUGGUGCGAUAUGCCUGUCAGAUCAUGGAGUUCAAACUAUAUAUGCAACCCUACGACUGUCCGGGAGAGAGUGUCGUGCCACCGGAGCAUAUUGGCAGGUAUAUGGCAUCACAUGUUGAAAAGCAGUUGUCAACGACUUGGGUCCUGAAAUUACUCCAGGACUUCCUCAAGACCAGCGAUUUGGUUCGCAUGGCAGAGCUAAAGCACAUCGAACUACCCUCCGAGCGAUCUAAGGCUAAGGUCUUCCUCAACCACAGUCCCUGUGGCAGUUGCCUAAGCUACUUGGCCAAAAUCCGUCGAGUAACUGGCAUCACCUUCGCCGUCGAGACUAUUCCCUUUGCCGUCCCCGGAAACCGUACCUGCAGCGACUACUCCAACCCUCCUCCGAUACAACCAGGCGCCAAGGAAGACCCAUUAGUUGCUGAAUGGGACAAUGACUACGAAGAACUUGAUCGGCAACAGGAAGUGGACGAAAAUGGCCCAAUGGUUGACUUCGAAUCGCUCGUCGACGGUGAAGAUAACGAGGUCUCAGAUAAUCUCCCAGUAGCUCAAGUGGACAUGCAAGAAGUCACGACCCCGACUGCGCUAAAGCCGACCACAGACCCAACUUACCGGCAAACCGGAAUUGUUGCUGUUAGACACCGACAAGGCUUGCAAGGCACCUCUUCCCCCAGUCACUGGGAAGUCUUCAAAGGCCAGAAUUUCUGUGCCAAACCCUUGAAAGGCGUUCGGAACCGCUUAGGACUCAACAAGGAGGAAUUUGACCAAUUCCUCGAAGCACAGUCUCCUCGACGUCUACUAGGGUCCGGGUCUCUCCUUGACCCCAUUUCGACAAUUAAUGGCCGUUCGGCAUUUUUCCAACCUCCUGUGGCCGUAUCGGCCCCGCUGCAGGGAGCGGGAGCUCGGAAUCCCGAACGACUAGAGCAGUCCGUUCAACCUUCUUCAUCACCGCCGCCCCGCUUAGAAAUAUGUCUUCCUCAGCUAAUUUCUUCGAACAGGUCGCAGUACGCUAUGGCACCGGACGACGAGCCCGCUUCUCCCAUCAACGAAUCUCGUAAACAGCUGAACCUAAAACGAUUCAGCUAUCGCAAGAAUAGCCGUCAUCAACACGUUUAUCCACGUCUUUCAGAUGCAAAUCCGCGUCUUUCUAGGUCGCCCGCUUCUUCCCACUUACUGCAGCGCCUCAAACUGGGACAGUCGAAGGGGCUAGCCGGUAAAAGGACCAGCAAUAUGCCCGGUGCCAGCAACGAAGAUACGGCCCAGCAAAAUUAG